GAGGGUGAGUAAUUACAGAAUUUUCAUUUUUGGGUGAACUAUUCCUUUAAAGAAACCAACAUUUUGCAAAUUGGCUUUGAAGAUUCAGUGAAAAAACAGUGUUUUAAACUCUACAUUUUUAAAAGAGAAAAAUUGAGUUAAUUUUUUUCAUGGAAUCGUAAAACAGAUUUAAAUUAUUGUUGUAGUUAUUAUCUUUGAGGUUUUUUAAAGGGUUGUCAUGGUGUGAAUCAGCCUGUAGAGGUCGCUGUGUAAUUGUUUUUAUAAAAGCAUAAAGAAUCACGGAAAAAAAAAAAACAUUUCAUUAACAGAACAAACUCACAUGACACACUUUCUAAACUGUGACUAAUCACGUUAAUGUGCAGUGUUUCAGAGUAUUAUAUCUUUAACGUUUAGUAGCUAAAUACCUCUUCGAUAAUUAACCUUAAAUUCAAGGUGACACAACCGUGUGAAAUGAAGAAAAGCUGCAUUUCCGUGUUUAUCGUUUUGUUCUCUGCCAACUGUUUUUUGCUGGAAGUCUCGAGCCAAUUUCGGAAGUUUAAGGGCUUUUCCUGGGAAAGCUGUGGAAAGCCUGAUGACCCCAUACAUGUGAAGACUCUACAUGUGUAUCCAAACCCAAUUCCUUCACCAGGAUAUGUAUUAGCACCUGCAUCAGCCACCACAUUAAUAGAUCUGCUCUCUCCUCUGCCUGUGAACGUGACACUUGAAAAAGAAGUUGCUGGUGCGUGGGUAAAAAUACCUUGUGUUUAUGACCAAGGAAGUUGUUAUUACCCUGAUGCCUGUGACCGGUUGGUCCAGGUCUUUAUGACAUACACAGGAUUCUGUCCUGACUCUCUAGGUCCUAGUAGUUUAUCCUGCGGCUGCCCGCUCAAAGCUGGUGACUACAUUUGGCCAACGUCGGGAAUCUACAUACCAAAUUUUUCACUGCCUGACAAACUGACCAAUUUCAGAUUACAGAUAAUUUUAGGCAACUCUGAAAAAGAACUGGGAUGCCUUAAAGUCAACUUCUCAGUGGCAUCAGGACUACUCAACCAACACAAUGAAAUGUAGCACUCUGCUCUGUUCCUGGCUUUUAGGAAAGUGACAAGAGCCACAAAACCAUGAAGCUAAUCUACAGUACCUGCAGUAAAUUAAGUUUUAAAAUGACUACUUUUUUUAGUCAUCAUGAGCAUACACUUUAACAAGCAAUGUACAUCUCAUGAACUUGUUUUAAUUGAUAACUGCUGUAAACAUUUUCAGAUCAGACUUUAAAUGUUUGUAAAUGUAAGAAUUUAUGCCAACUCAAACAUCACAAACACAGCUUACAGUUGCUGCUAUGUGUCAUGAGUAUCCAGUUGAGUAGAGCGAACACAAUCGUCUCGCUUUUAAUAAACCCAUCCAACUUAUCUGCACUGGGGGUGCUUUUUUUUUUGGCAUGAUGUGCCAAAACUGUUUGAGGCUGUAUAAGUAGACAUUAUAAACUGGUACAUUUGUAUUUUUGAAUGGGUCUGUGAUGGUGCUGUAUGGUAUUAAAGUGUCCAUUGUAGCGUGUUGCAUCUCAAAGCUUUGUUCAAUUUGACCAUAGACUGUAAAAAAAGAUGGACGACGCACCUUCCAUUAUAGUAACUGAAGCCGCCAGUGUGUCAAUAUGGCGCUGACAUCUUGAGUCUCGAGUCUGCGCAUAGUGAACUUGGAGCCUGAGUCUGCGCAGUAGUGAGCGCGAAGUGGAGCCGCGAUAUCAACGUCCCGCCCAGAAUCGGUUAAUACUGCAGAACAACACAUUAUGUUGGUGUGAAAUAAACAGUUCUGGAAAUGCAGAAAUUUAAGUUAAAGCUCCAAUCUCCUCCCGAAGAUCCAGAGAAACGUCCGUUGGUGCUUCAGUGACGACUUUGCUCAGAGAAGCUGUAAUCUUAGCUGUCAAUCAUGACGUCAAAAUCCAAGUUUUUAUCCACCUUAUUCCCACGCCCCAUGACGCUUUGCGCGAAUUAUGGGUGUAACUUCCGUUAAGCUGUAAACAGUCAGUGAAAAACUCGCUCUAUGAACGCAAUUAUACGUUUUUUUUUAAAAAACUGGGUACAGUGAGAUUACAUUAUUCUACUCACCCUUCAACCAACAAACAUUAAAAGGACAUUUAAUAGUGUAAAAACAUCAACAAGGUACUUUCAACAGGCCAUAACGGACGGGUUAAAUACAACUAGUGAUAUAUGUCUGUAUUAUAUAAUAUAUGUUGCCUUAAUAAAAAUAAAUGUUCAUGAACUUCA